UGUGAGAAGAUGGCGGCGGCGGCGGCGGCGGCGGCGGCGGGCGGCGGUGGCCGGGCCGCGGUGGCGGCGCGACGGGGGGGGCGGCGGCGGCGGGGGCGGGCCGGGGCGGCGGCGGCGGAGGAGGAGGAGGAGGAAGAGGAGGAGGAGGAGGAGGAGGAGGUGCUGGCGGUGGCGGAGUGCCCGGUAUGCCGCCAGGCGCUGGUAGAAGCGGUGACUCCGCCCUGCCGCCACUCGUUUUGCCUCGCCUGCUUCCAACGCUGCCUGCAGGGCCCGGGCCUUUGCUGCCCGCUCUGCCGCAGCCGCCUCUCCACCUGGGCCCGCCGCCAGCACCAGGCCCGCGUCGAGCCCGCCGCCACGACGGUCACCGGAGGAGGCGGGGAGCAGCGGCCGCCGGACCAAGACUUUAUAUUCAGAGCACCCAUUAAAUUAAGCAAACCAGGGGAACUCCGAGAAGAAUAUGAAAGCCAGCUAAGGAAGCUGAGAGAAGAAAAACUACAAGAAGACAAAGCUUCUGAGGAUCUCAUUCACAAGUUCAUUCUAGAUGACAUGGACGUUGCAAAAAGAAAAAUGGAAGAACAGCAGAAGAAAGAUGAACCUUUAGUGCUUAAAGUGAACCAGGAGUGUUUUCCUGAACGUCUCUCGGAUUCAGAGAAUGAAGAACCAUUCCAGGGCAAGCAAACGCAUCGAUCGGCUUUUGUUUCCAAGAGCAGCGCCUACUCCUUUGCCUUCCUUUCAGGGAACCUAACCGCCAAGGUGGAAAGGAGCCGGAGCUGCAACGAUACCAUUCAGGAGAGAUCAAAGAGCAGGCAGAGAUCAGCCCCAGCCAACAAAACAAAGGUGCCGCCCGUCACCAGCACGUCGACGCCGCUGGUUGGAGUUUUGUCGUCCACCCAAAACAACCGCUGCCUCUCCGCCCCGGACCUGACAGCAGAGAAACGCCUGGUUCUCAACCCUGUUUCGUCCCUCUCAGCCCUGCACAAGCCGGAGCGGUCCAUCAGCCCCGAGAGCAAUGACAGCAUCUCAGAAGAGCUCAACCACUUCAAGCCUAUCGUCUGCUCCCCGUGUACUCCUCCGAAGAGGCUACCUGAUGGCAGAGUCCUGAGCCCUCUCAUUAUCAAGUCCACCCCAAGAAACCUGAACCGGAGCCUGCAGAAGCCGACCACCUACGAGGCCAGUCCUAGAAUACUGAAAAAAUGGGAGCAGAUAUUUCAGGAGCGCCAGAUCAAAAAGACUCUCUCUAAAGCGACCCUUACGUCCUUGGCUUCCGAGCCCGGGGAAGACAUUGUAGUUCCUGAUAUCACCAACUCCAGCAGUUGCACUAAAGAGCAGCCACAAGUGCAGGAAGAUCACCUUCCACCUGACACAACAGGAGAUCCUCGCCCCGAGCUGGAUUUCUUUCCUUCUAUCAGUGAAACGAAGCUGGGAAGAGGGAGCGAGAAGAACAGAGAUUCACAGGCCUUAACAACGGACGACAGCGCUGCCGAACCAGAUGCGAGAUCAAACGUAACCUCCCUAAACACACGAGUGUCCGAAGUCCCUGACCUCAAAGUGACGGCGUUCAUGGACAAAUCCUGUCUUAGUCUUGGCCCGAAAAUGCUGAGCAGAAGACUCAUGGGCGUCAGCGCAUCGCUGCCUGACAACAGCACGCUCGGAGUCCCCGUCAAGACACCGGGAAAAAAGCAGCUGAAAUACCUGAAUAACAGCGAAUUGAUCAACGUGCAGAACAGCACCUGCAAUUCUGUUGAGAACAUCAUCGGGGAACAACCCCCGUCGCUGAGACGGGGUCGGAAGAGACGCUGCAAAACGAAGCACUUGGAGCACAACGGCUCCGUCAAAAGACUGAGGCACGCGGCAGGGGAGGUGGGCUUGCCUCCGGAGGAUCGCUUGGUACGGGAGAUGGAGCAGAAGCUCCAGCAAGAGGAGGAGGACAGGAGGUUGGCCCUGCAUCUGCAGCGGAUUUUCGACAGCGAGAACAGGACAGUGGAUAGGCGGAAAGUCAGAGUCGAUCGGUAUCUGCUGCGGUCGAAGAGCACUCUGGGUGCUAAGUAGCACUGGUGGACGAUGUUGCCUUUCUAGAGGACGAUGAGGUUUAUGAGAUUAUCUUAUAGGAAAACUAUUUUUUGUCAUAUUUCCACCCACAACAAUUGUUUUUUCAUUUUGGUGGUAAGACAUUGGUAGGUCCAGUUCAGAGAGAAGCCAGAGUCCUUUCAGAUUAACAAAACAAAAAAAAAAAAGAGAGGAAAAAAAAUCCUCCAGCUUUCUGGUCCAUUGGUCUGAAAGAAGUGUCCGUCGUCCCCGUGAAUACACUGCAACGCCUCUACGUGCAGUCGGUGACAUUCGGGUUCCCCAGCUGGGAGGGUCGCGUGAGCAGUACGCGGGGUACGGGAUAAGGACCUCGUCCGUUCCUUGCCUUGUCGCUUCAGUAUGCCACGAGAAAUCAGAGCCCUGCUCAUGGAAAGUAGGCUUUUUCUGUCCUAGAACCAGCUUUAAUCUCUCUGCCCGCCCCGCUUUCUUCCUUAUGCUGCAGCUGGAUGUGGUGGUCAGACUGUUACCGGUGUCGGCGUGUUCAAAUGACCUGACUUGAGGGCUGUUGGGGAGGGAGGCUGAUCCGCGUUUCUGCUAGGAAGUACCAAAUAGAUCCACCCGUAGCGCUUAUAAAUGAAUGUAUCUCACUGUCUGCACCAGCAGUACAGAUCGUAGGUUACUUUCUUGAAGUAGAAAGCCAAAUGCCGUGAAGAAAAACAUAAAAUAAGGAUGUUUACUGAAAAGCCUUAUAGGAACUUGUACGUUCGUGUUAGUGACACAGCAGAGGGCUUGGGUGGAGCAGCUGGGAGCCGUGCUCUGGGCGCUGUGACCCAGGGAGCCAGUGCAGCUUUUCUCCCAGUCCCUGCUCUUCCGAGGCGAGAGGGUUUCACGUUCUUCCCGCUAGCGUUGAAGUCUAGGAAGGGAAGCGGUGGCCGGGUGAUUUCAGGAAGGACGUUCUCCCUGCUGACAUGCACCCUGCAGGUUCUUGCUUGGUUAAGAGAUCCCUCAGCACACGAGACCUGUCCUUACGCAUCCACGAGCGGCGCGAGGAGGCAUCCCCGAGGUAUCUGACGCAUCGCCGUCCUCUCCCAGGCGCCCGGCGGUGGAGUUGGGACGGGACGCCAGCCCUUCCGGCCCGCGGGCACACGGCCGCAGGCGCUCAGGGCGACGCAAGCCUGCCCUGCCCCUGCUCCGAGCUAGCUGCUGUCUUCACGUUCAAACCACUAACAAAGUUCAGGGGAGCCACACACUAAAAAUUGCUGCUUAAGGCAUGGAGUCAGGCCCAGCAGCCUGGACCAGAGCUAGUUCGGAGCCUGGGCUUGGUGGAGCGUGUGUCAUCUGCCUGCAUGUGGCCUUCAGUGGCAUCUUGGUGUUUCUAACGCUCUUCCCCAUCGUCCAUUAACAACACAGUCAUUUCCUUGAUUAUUUCCAGUAAUUCAGGCUCGGAAAACAUCAGCUCAACUUGAUACUUGAAAGCUGCCUUGCAGAGUAUUCACUGGGGAACCGCGGUGCCCACAGGGACCUUCUCCGGGGGCGGAGGCUGCGGCGUUGUCGCUCUCGCUGACCCGCGUGCCAGAUGACGAGCGGUGUUUUCAGGAUGGAACUGAAGCACAGUGCUGGGGCAAACUUACGGUGACCCGUGGCGUGAAGGGAGGACAGCCAGUGCAUUUGAACAGGUGGAUCUGAUCUAAGAGAACGGUCGUUACCCAAUUUCCUCUUCUCUAAAAACAAAAAAUGGUUGAAUUUCUCCCUCCAUCUUAAAUGGUUAAAAAAAAAAUACCAAUCAGGAACUGGUUUUCUUUUUCUCUCCCGGCAAACCUGCGUAACUGCGAGGACCCUGGCGCUUUUUUCCUAAGUGAACUGGAUUUUUUUAAAAAAAAAAAGAAAUCUUAUAUUUUAAUGGAUAAAAUUUAUAUAUUUUAAAUACUAUAUUUCAACAGAUUGACACUUUUGUUUUGAGAAAUCUUAUAGCAAUGAUUCCAUAAUAUAUAUAUCUAUCUCUGUAUCUCCUUAACACACAAACUACUGGAUGUUUAAAGCCGUACCUAGGGCUCGCUAGACCUGGCCUGCUCUGCCUACCCGCUGCGGCUCGUGGGCCGUGGCUUCCCGUGCCCUCUCACACGCCGCAGCCUCGUUAGGUGCUGAUCGAAGCAGGCACUUUUGACCCAAACCGAAUCCUGCUCCUGCCCCCAGCUGUGAAUUGGAAGGAAAUUAAGUAAUUAGAGCCUUGACCGGACCUAGAAGAGCAGCGCAGAGAGAAGUAGCGAUGGCCUAGAUCUGCCCUCUGCAGCAGGAGGGAAACCCACAGCUUGUGCUCUGAAUUCAUGCCAUUUUUCCCCAACGUUUUGAGCUAAAGCACGCACUUCUUGAGUGCAUCUCAAUUUAUAUUUAUUUUUACAGGCCUCCUUCUCCCUGCCCCUUCCCCACAGUUAAUCCUGCGAGCUCAGAUCAAACUUCCCUAAACAGUUUCCUUAUUUCUCGCUGCGCUUGUGUGGGUUUCACCCGGGCUUGGGCUGCCGGGUGCUCUCUGAGCAAGCCAACACCACAGAAAACUAGAUUUACACGCUGAAUGUAUUCUUUCCCCUCUUGAAAUGGAUUUCACAGUCCCAACACAUCAGGCCAGUGUCUUAAAUAUCUUCUUUUUAAAAGAUUACCUAAAUAUUUAGUUUUUUGUGUGUUAAUUUCCUCUUUCUAAAUCCGAGCUGGGCGGAAGCGUGGGAAGCGAUGCCUAAACUGGAGCUCGCCCCCAGCCAAAAAAGGCUUAGUGGGACCCCUCGCGCCCCCGGCUUCCCAGACCUCGCCUUCGCCGGGCAGCCGGCACCCCUGGGAACAGAGAGCCCACGGCCUGGCAGCGCUGCUCGGCUCCCUGAGCAUCGCGCACGGUCCGUUGCAUCCGCGUUGAAGGAGACACCUUUGGACGUGGCGUCGCCAUCGUGUCGCGGAAGGGUUGCGGUUGCGGCGGCUUUCAGUAAAGCAUCAGGCUGGGAUCGGUCUUUUCUCAUGAGGUUGCUCGCCCACAGGUUGUUUUGCUUUUAGUCCGAUGAAGCUGUUGGCGGCGUUUCUCCGUUCGCUUCUCCCUCUUGUUGCUUAAGGACUUGGGAAGACAUGGAUCGUUCUCGCCUAGACCCCCUCGCCUUCUUCCUGAGCUAGCGAGAGCGACCGCCCUGGCCGCGAUCCACCCGAGGCGGCGUCGGGUUCGAGACUUGAGGCGGCGUCAAGCUAGGAUGAAUGUUUUUAUUAAUUUAACACUCUACGUUUGUGUAAGCUUGCACAAAAAAAAAAAAUUAAUUGUAUAUAAUUACACUUAAAAGAGCAGGAAUUCCCAGCCUCCACCCUUUAAAGGUCCUUUGCCACAAAUAAUGCCAGCUGAGAAGUAAAAUACCUCUUGCUGAACGGUGGGUGCAGCACAAGGUCUGCAGAGGCUCUAAGAUGAAACCAAGUAUUUAUUUCCGCUUACGUGAAAGUCAUUUCUAACCCUCCUCCCUCCUGCAGCCGCCUUCUCUGCGGGAUGAAGGCAGUCCUUGCCGGCUGUGGGACAGCACGGGCGCGCGAGCACCCUCCCAAAAUGUGAAGCUGUCUUCUCUUGUGAGGGGAAAAAAAACAGGUCAAGGGAUUGCACUGCCGGUGGCGCUGGAGGGGCUGGGGUCGGUUUGAAGAUAGAAGGAUCGUGUCUGCCAAAGAUACCGGUGACUCCAGAAAAAUUGCUUUCUGACCCUCCGGAGCUCUCUGCCUGGGAAAAGAGGUACGGAAAGGUCCGUGUUUGGAGUCAGUGAGAUCAGAUAAAUGAAGGAAAAGUGCCAAAAGAAGGGGUCCCGCCAGAUGAUUGUAUAAUGUUGUUCUAUAUUGUCAGUAUUUUUCUUCAAAUGCUAUUGUACAUGCAGUGCACAGUAGUCAUGAAGUGUAGCUUGAACAAGCGCUUCUUUGUAUUUUCGUAAUGAGAGCAAGGGGGGGGAGGGUUGAAGCCUUAAAAGACUAUCCCUGGUUUUAAAAAACAAGCCUUUAGCAAUGCUCCGAGGACAGACCCCAGGGCUCCGCCUGGACCCUCCGACAGCCCCGUGCCGUCUCCCAGUUGUCCAGUGAAAGGUUGACGAGGAGCUCGUCCCAAGCGCGGGGCGGGGAAGCGUUUGACGAAAACCCGACCUCUCCCACCCGCUGGGAGACCCGAGACGAAAACUAAUGACUGUUGGACGUGACGGUCUCGCGUCCAACCGUCGUCAUCGGCCACGGAGGCCGUCGGCGCGUCCCCGCGGGUGGCAGCUGGGACGCGAUGCCAGUUCGAACCACAGCGCGGAAGCUGGGAUGAUCCCCGCGUGUCGCACACAUCGGACACAAACUUUUCCCUUCCCCGUGUCUAAAACACCGCGAAGCGUCGGCUCUAGCAUUAGCUCUUCACUAUGCAAACGGAAAACCUUCACCUGGUUGCAAAGGGGGUUUGUGUUCGCCUGGUUUCCUUGGUGUUUACUGUCAAACUGUUCAAAACAAACCUAGAUGUUGCUACACUUCUUUUCCCCCCCAAUAAUGCUUUAAAUCAUUGCGCUUUCGUGUUCUCCUCAGCUCGCCAGCGGAGCACCGGGGUGGUAAAAAGACUUACGGUUGUUUUUGGGUCUCAGCUGAACCACCGUGGCUUCAUCCGAAUGUUUUAAAAAGCGAUGGAAGUUACUGAAGGACUGUAGACUUGCAUGUGUAAAAUGUGUGGGUAAAAUGACAUGCAGGCGUCUGUCAUGUUGUGGCUUCUGUUAUUUGGAACAGAGUAAACCCUGCUUGUGAAAAAAAAAUAAUAAUAAUUGUCACAAACCAGAAAUAUGCCAACUCUGUACAAAUACCGUGUACAUUUUAACAGCAAUGAGGACUUUAACUGCAGGACAAAGGCCGAGGUUAAAACAGAAUAAAACCAGGUUCUGACAGUGAA